CAUUUAUGGUAUAGCUUCAGCACCAGCCAUUUUUCAGAAAAUUAUGGACCAAAUAUACUCUAGAAUACUUAAUACAGAAUAUUACAUCGAUGAUAUUCUUAUUAAAUGGAAAUAUUAUGAAGAUCUCCAUAACGGUAAAGUGUUAGAAAGGUAAAAUAAAUAUAAUAAUAUUAAAAUAUAAAGUUUAAUAUUUUGUACAUAUUUUUAGUCUAAAGAAGGGAGGAAACCUAGACCAUAUUUAGUAGAAGCUAUUGUCAAUGCAUAAAUACACAUAAUGUCAAAGUUUGUGGUCUUAUUUAGGAAUACUAAACUUUUAUCAUAACUUCAUUGGUACUUAAGUACGGGCUGCAGUCUGCAUUCUCGUCUUGGCAGAAGCACAGGUUCAAAUCUUACCUGAGGUGUAUAGGUUAUAAUAUAUAUUUUUUAAUUUUGUUUAUAUUUUUUUGUGUAGGAAAUGAGUUCUGCGUAAUAUAAACAAAAUGAAGUGUUCUGAUUGUACCAAAUAAAAUUAUAAAUAUGAAACAAACUGAGUUAAAUAUAAAAGAAAAUGAAUAAAAAUCAUUACUUUUGAUAAAAUUGUUUAAUCGACCCUCUACAUAACAGUAAAAUAACCAAAUAUUAUAAUCAAUAUUAAGUAUUAGAAUAUUGUAGUUUUUAGCCAUUCUGGCGUAACAAUAUUUAUUGCAAGCCAUAAAUAUUUUGUAUCACUGAAAGAAAAUCAAAUAUAAUUACAAUUUUACAACGUUGAGAUUAUGAGCCUUUAUAAAUAAAAUUAUCCAUUAAAAGGGACUAUGCAAGUCAUCAAUUACUUGCUCAGCGCCCUGGAAUGUUGAGCUACCGAAUGUUGAGUUGUUUUUGGGAUAAAUUUUAUAAUUGUUACAAUUUAAAGACUUAUUGCCCAUUGCAAAAACGUGAGACGGAAAUUAACAUUCCAACCUCAAAUGUAAAAGAACCUUUGACUGAUAUAAUUAAUAUCAUAGGUUCUACAAAAGGAUUUUAUAAGACUGUGUAUAUUUUCUACUUUAGCAGUCGGGAAUGACCAGCCUCUUCUUAUGAAAAUCUGUGAGUUGUAUUCACCAGGUUCAUUGCAUGAUCUACUGGUGGAAAAUAUCCAUCCAUUAUUUAUAAACAAUAGAACACAUCUUCUAGUCAAAGUAGCAAGUGAAAGAAAAAUUGAGUACGCUUAUUUAGGAAGAGCAAAAAGUGGAGUGGAUGAAGAUGGAGAUGUUCGAGUGAUAUUUUAUAAAUCUGUUGAUGAUACUGGAAAAUUAUUUAAAUUGGUAGAACCUGAUGUGUCAGAUGUAAUGUUCGAAAAUUUGUUACAAAUUAUUCCACCUCCUAGGGUAGUUAAAAGAAGAAGACGUAUAUUUUAUGAGUUUCAUCAACCAAUAAAAGUUUUUGAAAAGAAGAGUAAAUAAAAAUAUAUUGUAAGAUUAAAAUAUCUAUCAAAGAAUCAAUAAGACUUUUUAAGAAAAUAUUAUUUGUUAUUUUUUCCUACAAAUUAAAAGUGUUAUAAAGAUAAAUUUGUGCGGCGGGUAAACAUUAUUUAUAACUCCGUAACUUUGUGAACCUCACAACUUUGUCCCCCAUAUAAUUUAAGUUCAAAGUAAUGUAUCAAACCACUUUAUUGGGAACAUUCACAAAAAUAACGUUUUUAGUAUUACAUGCUAAACAAUUAAGGUUGUCACUAGAUUUUUUAGUAACUUUAUUGGGCAACUUUCAUAAUAAUAGGGAUUAAAGUAUGAAAUUGCCGAUUUGUACCGAAAAUCAAAAUUACUUAUUUUUAAAUUUGUGAAGUGACAGAGUGGUACUGGAUAUUUUUUUAGUGUUUAUUUUACGAAUUUCGUCCAAUGGAGUUAGAUAAAAUUAAAUGUUAAUAUUUUUUAUAAGAAUGUAAUGAGACUGAAGAUCUGAUUUUAGAUGAAAAAUUAUAAAAAUAUAUUAUUUUUGUGACUGAGGUGUUAUUUUUUUGAUACCAUUCCUACGAAAUAUUAAAUAAAAGCAAAAUUAAUACUAAUACUUCGAUGCAUGAUAUGUAUUUGAAAUCUACAAUACCAAAGCAAUAAUUUAAAUGAAUAUAAAAUUAAAAACAUUUUACCAAACAAAUCAUCUCUUUACUUUUUUUAACAAACAUAAAAAAGUUAUGCAAUAAUUUUAGUAUUUGAGUUGUUUUUCUAGUAGAACCUCUAGGAAAUGACAUAGUUUUUUGCUUGCCAUGAAAGGAAUAAACGGUUGUAAGUAAGAUUCUUUUAAUUUUAUACCUUUAGCAAGACCAUUUCGC